AUGCCCUCAAUUUACCCAAGCAAUCUUCCAGGCCCUGACGAGUCGGCCAGAGGAGUAGGCGAUGUGCUCAUAGGCGAGGACAAGGCGUACUCUCUUCUUAAAGCAUGCUUUUCUGGCGACGACACGACUCUUCGAAGCUUGCUAUCGCAGCCACAAUGGAUCCAAACAAUUCUCGAGGAACCGAACACCAUCUACAGCGUUUGGGUCGUAAGAGGCGUGCCCAAGGCGUCGGCAAGACCAACACUCAACAUCGAACGUUGUUUAACGCUUGCUGCUGCCAACGGUCGCGCUGCUGCGGUGUCUGCAUUGCUUUCCUUCGCAAAAAGCCAGAGCAUCGACACAUCUACCUUCAUGACGAGACCGCUGAUUAAACACGCUAUUGGCGCUGGGAACGCCGCUGUCUUCAAAGCACUUGUACACGCAGACCCGAGAAUCAUCAACCUCCCGCUAGGCCACCGUGCGCUGCCACUCUUCGAGGCCGUCAGGCGGAGGAAAUACGAAGUCGCCGCUGUACUCCUGGAUCACAAAGCAAAUCCAUCACAUCCUAUCAAUUACGGUCCCUACCGCUCGAGUCUCAUGUUUCAAGCCGUGUCUGGUGGUCCCCGCAUGAUUAAGAUGCUGAUUGCACACGGCUUUCCUGUCAACGGUACUGCUGCGUUACACACUGCUGCAAAACUCGAAGAACUCGAAACCAUGCGCCUCUUGCUGCAGCAUGGGGCCGACAUGAAUGAGGCUCUCGAUCAGUGGCGGAACUGGACGCCGAUGCACUUUGCCACCUCUGAGGGGCAACUCGAGGCUGUGGAGUUGCUGCAGGAAUGGGGAGCACACUCCGACUUCAAAGACGAAGAUGGGAAGACAGCUGCGCAGAUUCUGGAAGAGAGCAAGGCUGUUAAGUACUGA